GACGGGCGCUAUGUCGGUGAGCGACAUGUUCAUCGCGCUGCAGGGCGUCCUCACCGCCGACCAGGACAUCCGCGAGGAGAUCCGGAAGGUGGUGCAGGCGCUGGAGCAGACGGCCCGGGAGAUCCUCACGCUGCUGCAGGGCGUGCACCAGGGAACCGGCUUCCAGGACAUACCUAAGAAAUGUCAGAAGGCUCGUGAACACUUCGGUACAGUGAAAAUACAGCUGGACUCUCUGAAGACCAAGUUUCCUGCUGAUCAGUAUUACAGAUUUCAUGAGCACUGGAGGUUUGUGCUUCAGCGGCUGGUGUUUCUGGCAGCAUUUGUAGUCUACUUGGAGUCAGAAACAUUAGUGACCCGAGAAGCUGUUGCAGAAAUACUUGGGAUUGAAGCUGAUCGAGAGCGGGGCUUUCACCUGGACAUUGAGGACUAUCUCUCUGGUGUAUUAACUCUCGCCAGUGAGCUGUCUAGACUGGCAGUGAACAGUGUCACGGCUGGUGACUAUUCUCGCCCUCUCCGCAUCUCAACUUUUAUCAACGAGCUGGAUUCUGGCUUCCGUCUCCUCAACCUGAAGAAUGACUCCCUGAGGAAACGUUACGAUGGCCUGAAAUACGAUGUUAAGAAAAUUGAGGAAGUGGUUUACGACUUGUCAAUCAGAGGACUCAAUAAGGAAGCAACACCUGGUGCAGGUGGAGAGAAAUGAAAGAUGCUCAUUUUAACAGCAUCAUCGAUUACCUCAGAUGGUUGCCAAUUUAGGAAGCAUGCUAGCAAAGUCUUCCUACAGUAGUUUAGAAGAACUGCAGCUAAAAGCUGCUCUCUAUUUUCUUACAAAAGGUGUAGUACGGAUGUUAGAUCCUCAAAAUGUUUUGUAAACUUAUAUCUAGAUUAGGGCAGGAGGCUCUCCGUUUCCAGUGGAGUUCCUCUGUCAAAACACAGGGUGCUGUUCUGUGCACAGCAGCAAUAGUAGUCAGUAACACCUGUGAGCUGAAAUACAUUCUCCCUAGUUCCAUAGUGGUGUUUCACUGCUGCAGCAGCGGUGUGCUUCAGCUGCCCCUUCUCACCCACCUCAGAAGACAUGUGCAGAGCACGCUGCUCGCUGCAGAUAUGUGUCAUGCUUUACAAACCACAGUGUGUAAAUAGGUAAACUUUUUUUUAAGACACUGAUUGGGAUUUUUGCCUUUUUGUUAAUUUUCACCUCUGUCAUUAAGUUGGACAGAUUCACGUAACUCUAUUAACCACAUUUUUUUUAAUGGCUUCUGUUAAUGUAUCUCGCUUAAGUGAGAAAUCAGUGAAGAUAUUACUGAGAAUUUCUCCAUUGGAACUGGUGCGUUGCCCCCAGGCACAUUUUCUCUAGGUUUUUUCCUUCCUCCAAGAUUUCUGUUACCAGGGAGAGCAAGGACCUGCCUUCCCUGGCUGGUAUUUGUUUUACUGACAUGAGCAAAUGCUGAGUUUUAGUAUGAUCAUUUGCCUUGAGAACUCAGUGUAAGCCAUUUUUAUUUUUAACUACCAUGAUUUCUGAAUAGAGAAAUGUUAACAGAUAAACUGCAGGGAGAGUCUGAGUUUUAACACUCUAGAUAGGCCACAACUGUACCUGUGUCCUGGGAUGAAAAAAGAAACACACCAGAACUAUAGUUUGUGUAGUAAAAUGUUUGUAUCCUUAGAAAAGAGGGAAUUACUAGUUUCAGACACUUUGCAUGUAAAGUGUUUGCAAACACCAACAGCCUCUUUUCCUUUGUCUAAAAGGGCACACUGGUACCCUGCAAUGUGUUUGUUCUCUUGUCCUAAAUGAGAGUUUCGUCAUUCUUCUGGUGGCACAGCAGGGGGUAAGGAGACAAAUGUAAUUUCUUUAGGAGGAAUAUUUCCAGAGGAAGAAACUGAAAAGUAAAGUUUGUGGGUUUAUUAGCAUCUCAUUUUGUUAGCAAAGAUUUACCAGUGUUUGAGUUAGGGAAUUGUUUUGUUUAUUGAAAGAAAAUGGUUUCUUGGUUAUUUUGGCCAAUAAAAGCUGUUCUUUGAUUUUGGCCAUUUGGUAA